AGUGUAGCAGUCCGUUCCAGUAGGCAGGUCGAAGGGAGCGAAGAUAGACAGUGUGCUGUUGUUUGGGACACCGCCGAAGAAUCACAAAGACUGAGAAAUCAGUAGCCAGCUUUGCUAUUAGUGCACAAAAAGGCAACUCUGGGAUUUCCCUUGACUUAAGACACUUUGGAGACUCACCGCGGCGUCUGAGCUCGUUCUCAUGCUGGUUUUGUUAGGGAAGAAAGGGAGACCUUGGUGAAGAAAGCUGGCUUAGUGCUGGCUUGCCUACUAGCCAAGUUUCGUGGAAGAAGUUUGCAGAGUGGGGCUGCACAGUUCUAAUUCCUCUGCUUCUUAUCUUCUGCGUUUUGCCACACGUUCCUCCCUCGAAUCCAUCCCUCCUUUUCCUUUUCCCUGCUAUUUUUUUCACCCCGUUUCUCUUGAACCAUGUGCGACAAUGGCGACCACGAGGACAAGCCACCUGCCCCACCUGUGAGGAUGAGUAGCACGAUCUUCAGCGGCGGUGGGAAGGACCACACGUUUCUGGCCAAUCACAGCUCCAAGCCGCUCCCCUCGGUGCCUGAAGAGAGAAAGCCUCGAAACAAAAUCAUCUCCAUCUUCUCAGGGGUGGAGAAAGGUGGAAGAAGGAAAGACAGAGACAAAGAGCGGCCCGAGAUCUCUCCUCCCUCGGAUUUCGAGCACACCAUCCACGUGGGCUUUGAUGCAGUCACUGGGGAGUUCACGGGAAUGCCAGAGCAGUGGGCGCGAUUGCUGCAGACCUCCAACAUCACAAAGUACGAACAAAAGAAGAACCCUCAAGCUGUGCUAGACGUUCUGAAGUUUUACGAUUCCACGGGCAACAGCAAGCAGAAGUACCUCAGCUUCUCCUCAGAGAAGGAUGGAUUCCCUUCAGGAGAGCUUUCACCUGCCAAAAAGAGCACAGAACCGCUGUCGCCAAAUGUGAAAAACACAAGAGAUGAAGAGGAUGAAGACGAUGAUGAGGAGACGCCCCCGCCCGUUGUUGCACCACGGCCAGAGCACACCAAGGGGGCAAAUACACGUUCUGUCAUCGAUCCCAUCCCUCCACCAGUCUCCUGUCCAGAUGGGGAUGUUGCCAGCAAAGCUGCGGACAAACAGAGACCCAAAAAGGGAAAAAUGACUGACGAGGAGAUCAUGGAUAAAUUGAGAACUAUAGUUAGUAUUGGAGACCCUAAAAAGAAGUACACACGAUAUGAGAAGAUAGGACAAGGAGCUUCAGGGACAGUGUUCACAGCCAUAGAUGUUGCUACUGGACAAGAGGUGGCCAUCAAGCAGAUCAACCUUCAAAAGCAACCCAAGAAGGAGCUCAUCAUAAAUGAAAUUCUUGUAAUGAAGGAAUUGAAAAACCCCAACAUUGUCAACUUCUUAGACAGUUUUCUGGUAGGAGAAGAGCUGUUUGUGGUGAUGGAGUACCUGGCUGGUGGCUCAUUGACUGAUGUUGUGACGGAGACGUGUAUGGAUGAGGCUCAGAUUGCUGCCGUUUGCCGAGAGUGUUUACAAGCGCUAGAGUUCCUUCAUGCCAACCAAGUCAUCCAUCGAGACAUCAAGAGCGACAACGUGCUCCUGGGAAUGGAUGGUUCUGUCAAACUCACGGACUUUGGUUUCUGUGCUCAGAUCACCCCGGAGCAGAGUAAGCGCAGCACCAUGGUGGGGACACCCUACUGGAUGGCCCCGGAGGUUGUUACCCGUAAAGCAUACGGGCCCAAAGUGGACAUCUGGUCUCUGGGCAUCAUGGCCAUCGAGAUGGUGGAAGGGGAGCCUCCAUACCUCAACGAGAAUCCACUGAGGGCACUUUACCUUAUUGCCACGAAUGGAACCCCGGAGCUGCAGAGUCCAGAGAAGCUGUCACCUAUUUUCCGGGACUUCCUGGCUCGGAGCCUGGAGAUGGAUGUAGAAAAGAGGGGUAGCAGCAAAGAGCUCUUGCAACAUCCUUUCCUGAAGCUGGCAAAGCCUCUGUCCAGCCUCACGCCGCUCAUUCUGGCUGCCAAGGAUGCCAUGAAGAACAACCGCUAGGACUUUCCCCAGAUAAGCCAUGCUGAAGAACCCAGCACACAAACAUACAUGCUGCUGAAUGGACUGUGUGCCACAGCUCUCACCACUGUGCCAACCAGCAAGCCAGUAUUGCCAAAACGUUUCUACAAGCAUUUCAACUGUGCUUUUUAAGACUGAGGGAACAUUAGGGUGGACAACUGUUUCUUCCAGGUCACCGUAGCCUUUCUUACAUGGUUUUAUGCUGCACAGAACUUUGUUUUUGUCCUGUUUGCUCAUCCGACUAUCAAAUGAAGGAGACCUGAUCAUUAUCACUGGAGAGGAAAGUAUUUAAAAUGCAUUCAGGAUGUUUGGUUAGCCGAUACAUUUUCUGUAGAGAGAGUCAUGACCUAAAACUGUGUUUCUACUGUGCCCACUUCUUUGUAGUUCACCCUAGUAAGAAUUGAGGGCACCUUACUGAGACCAGCAUAAACUGUUUGUUGGUUUGUCACUUGUGUUUUUCUUUUUAUUCAAGCAUGAACCAUUGUAUACUGGUACAAGUAGAACAGUCUAUGUUACUGGACUCUAACAUCAGUGAAAACCUUCAUGAGAUGAAUUAUGUAUGUUAUGUAUUUCAAAGAAGCAUGACCUUUACAUUCACGCAGUCAGCCAAGACUUUUAGACUACGUUUUGUGUAUGUUUGUGAAUAUAAAUAAUUUUUGUAGUAACUAAUGUUGUUUUUAAUACAUGGUAAAUAUAGUUGUUAAUAAGUCAUGGUGACCGAAUGCAUAUCUAUUCUCGUGAUUUGAGUCACUCUGGAUCUUCAACUAAAAGCAUUUCAUACAUCUCCAAAGUUUUGUGCUGUUAUAGGUCAGAAACUUCAGUUUUUCUUAAUUAAAGGGGGAUUUCCACUGUUUUUCAAUA